AUGUCGCCUCUGCAGGAGGGCUGGACAACUUCAACGGAAAUUUCCGAGUAUUCAUCCGAUAACAACAGUGUGGGAGAAGCAGAGACAGACCUGGUGACCACUACUCUGGGGUCCAGUAGGAGGUUACGGUCGCGGUCAGGAGCGGAGAGGGAGGAUGUCACGGCACGACCGGCCAGCGAGUGGCUGAGGUCUGCCCAGGCCCUUCUCCGCACCCCCGGGAAGCAGGUGGGCAAGGCCCCCCGAGCCCCUGCUGAGUCCGCCAAGAAGAGGAAGCUACUGAGGGGCGGCCUUGCUGAGAGGUUAUGUCAACUGCAAAACAGACAAAGAUCUGCCAUUAGCUUUUGGAGGCACCAGUGUGUUUCAGAUCCUAAACCUUCCUCAGUGACACUGGGAUAUAAAUCUGAUGUCUUAAUUGUGAAGAUCUUAGAAAUGUUUGAAGAAUGUACAAUACAAGUCGCCAUCUGCCAGCAGCUGGAACAGCCUCCUGCUACAUUUUCAUCUGAGGAUGUUGUCAUCAAUGCAGGAGAACCCAUACUCAAAGUCCUCUUUGCAAGAGAGACAGCAGCUCACCUGAAGAGCAAGCCCCAGGAUGUCAUCCACAUUUACCCUCCCUGGUUGUGCCUCCUUGUCCAGGACGCCUAUGGCAUGUUCAGUGAAGUGCAGUUGCAGUCCCUGAGUUCUGCAGAUGACAUUGAGCAAUAUUGCAGGAGAUGGGAAGGAAAAUUCUGCUGCCUAGCUGGAAUGAAAAUUUUGCAAAGAACCACAAGAGGAAGGGCAUUAGGACUUUUUAGUCUGAUAGACAGUCUGUGGCCUCCAGUAGUGCCUGUAAAAGUUCCUGGACAAAGUCAAGACUCUGAAAUGAUGACAACGAAUCUUCCUCCUCCCAGCUUCUGUUAUAUUCUUACUGCUCGGUCUGGUGAGAUACAUGUGGAAGUGGAUGAGGGAGAACAGAUUUCUAAUUUGUACCAGCCACCAGCUGUGCAUGGUCUAAAGAAAAUUCUUCAGAUCGACGGUUGUAAUGAACGGUGUAGCUUUUGGGCACAAGUGCUAUAUCAAAGGAUGCAGAAAAAACACAGUGUUCCUAUAAAUCAAAGAGAAAUUCAGUUGUUUGUGACUGACUCCACCUUGCAAAGUGUGGUUCAUGACACUCCAAAAGUUGUUGCUGUGUCGGUGGCUGCAUCGUGUGUUCUCAGGACAGAAAUCACAGAUGCCCUCAGCGUUGCCUCACAACUUGUCUGCUUCAGGGAUGCCCUGUGGGGAAACGGUAUGAUUAUUUGUGUUGAACGUACUGUUCUCUUAUUACAAAAGCCUCUUUUGUGCUCGGCUGCCGGUGCUGACCUCAGUGAGCUGACUGGCCCUGUCAGACUCGAUGAGCUGGAUUCUACAACACAGGCCAACUCCAUUUGUGCUGUAAGAGGUACUAUUGUUGGAGUUAAUGAGAGGACUGCUUUCUCCUGGCCUACAUGCAACAGAUGUGGCAAUGGAAAGUUGGAACUGUGUCCCCAGGACAGAGAAUUGCUGUAUUGCAACCAGUGCUCUGGAGUUGUGAUUUCACCAGUGUUGAAAAUGCAACUAGAAGUCUUCUUGAGCUGUCCAUCCCGACCUCAAAGUACAGUAAAAGUAAAGCUGUUGCAAAGGACAAUCUCUUCUCUCCUGAUGUCCCCCACCAGUGAGGAUGGGGUAGGUAUAAUGAGUGCUGAUGAAAGAAAGAGCUAUGAGCUGCAGAGCGUGCUGGGAAAGGAGGUGGGGUUAUUGAACUGCUACGUCCACUCCAUAACCAACCACCCCGACUGUGUUGGACUGGAGGAAAUUGUUCUUCUGGAAGCAGCAGAGAGACACUGA